ACAAAAAAGCGAAAAACAGACUAACCACCUAGUGGUCUUCCGGCAGUACACCGGCCGGAGCUUCUCAAGGAGAACAAUUACAGAUCGAUCAGUUCAUAUCUAUGGAUCCGAAGAAGAAGGAUUUUAAAGGAAAAUACGAAUCGUCAAGUAGCAGUUUGUAUUGGACUAAUGAACGGCAUGUUCAUUUCCUCAAUUCCAUUGAAGCUUCAUUUGUUCAAACCUUGCUGGAGAAUAAUAACGCCGCCCGAUUUCUUCCGCUGGACCGCCAUUUACCCGAUAGUACAGAUUCAACCCUUGAUACCCCUAAAGAAAGACGACGCAGAUUUUCUACUUCAGAUAUCAACAUGAGCAGCGGAAGCAGAAUAGAUGUUGAGAAAAAAGCUAGAAGAAUGUCAUCCAGCAUUUCCUCACAAGAUCAGGUGGUCCCACAAUAUAAGCAUGGAAGAGGAGAUAAGGAUGCUGAUGGUCACCCUAGUAUUCCUCUCGAUUAAAAAAAGAUAGUUCUGUGUAUAAAAUAUCCUAAAGGAGUGUGAUAUUUAUUGUUAAACUAGAUAAUGUUGCCCGUGCUAUGCACGGGCCCAAUAAUAUAAAUGAUAUAUU